AUGCACAAUACAAGUAUAAAGGGGUAUGAUAUUUCUACUCCCCACGAGCUGUACAAGGCGCAAACGCAGUGCAUAGAAACCAUCCUCACGUGCCUGGAAAACAGUGAAUCCGGAAUGAUAGAGAGCCCCACCGGAACUGGAAAAACGCUCAGCAUACUGGCCUCUGUGAACGCGUGGCUCAACUCCAGCAACAAGCCGGAGGGCCAGAAGGUGUACAUCACCACGCGCACAGUCAAGCAGGCUGACCAGCUGAUCACGCACAUGAAAAGGAUGCAAAACCCCCCAACAAUGGCGCUGCUCGCCUCCAGGAAGCACAUGUGCUUGAACCCCGAGGUAAAGCAGCUAAAGAGCACGGACAUAGACACCGAGUGCAAGCGCCGGGUGAAGGACGGCAAAAACACGGGCACCGGGUGCAGCUACUACUUCAAAAACCCCGAGGAGAGGGAGGAGAAGAUCCGGAAAAUGAGCCGAGAAAUGAGCAAUCCGUACUCGAUUGAAGACCUGGUCAGAACGGGCGAGGGCUGCAAGACGUGUCCGUACUACUACAUCCAGGACAAGCAAAAGAAUGCAACGGUUAUAUUUGCGCCCUACAACUACAUUAUCAACUCUCGCAUCCGCAAGGCGAUGUCUAUAGAGCUGGUCGACUCGGCCAUAAUCGUGGACGAGGCGCACAACAUUGACGACGCGUGCAGGUCAACGGGCUCUGUUGAUGUGCGAAGAGACAAGAUCGAGUCUAUUCUGUCGACGCUGAAUGCCGUCCUAAAGGCCUCGAACGUGGACUCGGAGGAGAAAGAGCUGGUGAGGUGGCUGAUAAUAUUCCUCAGCAAGAUACAGGCGUACAUACUGGAGAAGAUCCCGGAGAUUUUGAAGAGCCUGCCCGCGGACUGCAUUGUAGAGAACAUGGAUGGAGAAAAAGAAGGCUCCAUCCCGCAGGAGAGGUUUAUGCAGGAGAUGGAGGCGUUUGGGAUGACGGCGGAAAAUCUGGACAGCCUGAACAACUGCGUUGGAAGCUUGGUUGAGGAGCUGGAGCUGGACACAUACACAAAGCAGUGGCUGGAGCAGAUGGUGCAGGUUUUUAGGAUGAUAAUCGAGAAGGGCAAGAAAAACUAUUGCAUGCUUGUCUCGAAGGGAAAAAUAUCGUUUAUACUGCUGCGCGCUGCCAUUAUAUUCGACGAGAUAUACAGAAAGUCCAGGUGCGUGGUUCUGCUCUCGGGCACGCUGCAGCCCUUCCGAGAGCUUACAACAGAGCUGUCCACCGAAAAAAACGCGUUCAACCACUUCCUGGUGACAGACCACAUCAUAAAGGCGUCGCAGCUGUAUACAGCGACAAUUUCAACAUACAAAAAGGCCAGCACCAUGGGGGUGUUCAAAAACACCAGAGACAGGCUGUAUUUGGACGCAGUUUCCUCUGCCAUCAUAGACAUAACGCAGUCCCUGGACGGAAUAGGGGGGGUGCUGUGCUUUGUCCCAAGCUACGUUCUUCUGAACUCGCUCAAGAGCUUGGUUGAGAAGCACGUCAUGCUCAUAACGGAGUCCAAGCUCAACAGCGAGUUUGAGUGCGACCUGGAGAGGUACAGAAACAUCUGCAGGCGGGGAAAGUGCGUCUUCCUGUGCGUCUUCCGAGGCAAAGCCAGCGAGGGAAUCGACUUUCGAGACCACGAGUCGCGCGCUGUUGUUUUGGUGGGGAUUCCUUACCCAAGCAUCAGAAACCACGCGAUCAUAGAGAAGAAGAAGUACAACGACACAUACAUGCAGAGAACAGGCGCGCUGUGGUACGAGCAACAGGCCUUUAGGGCGGUCAAGCAGGCGCUGGGCAGGUGCAUCCGGCACAAAGGCGACUGGGGGUCGAUAUUUCUGCUGGACUCAAGAUACGAGAGGGCAAGCAUGCUGAGCAAGCUCCCGAAGUGGGCAAUCAACGGGCACAUGGCGCUGGAGAGCAAGGAGAGGCUGGUGGAGAAGUAUAGGCCUUUCCUAGAGCAGCAGGACAAGUCAACCACAGAAAGGCCGCCAGGCCCCAGCACAAGCGCAUACCUGCAAAAGAGAAAGUACAUGCACGCUGGGUCCUCCAACAAGAAAUGGGCGUGA